AGAAACUCUUCAACAUUCGCCUGCUGAUCCAGAAUGACACAGAAUGGCUCGAACACAAUUAAUUCUCAUUUUUCUGCUUCAGUUUACAGCAGGCAGCAGUCGAGAUCAUUUUCUCUAUUACAGACUUGGAAAUGAUGUCACUCUGCCCUGUGGUGAUGUAUCUUCAUCUGAAACAAGAUGCUUCCUGUUUACCUGGUUUCAUGAGAGAAAUGAAGACUCUCGAGACGUAAUCAAGGUUGAUAAAGGAAAAGUUAAUAAGUACUUACCUGGAGGAGACAGACUGAGUCUGAGCAGAAACUGCUUUCUGAUCAUCAACAAGGUCACUGCUGAGGAUGCUGGUCGUUACACCUGUCGGACUAUGUAUACCACAGAGCCACUGGUGCAUCUAAAUAUCCUGACCAUCUCUCCAUCUCCACCAGAUGCUGAUCCAAAGACAGACGAUGAGGUCACAUUAAAAUGCUCUCUGUUGAGAUUCGGUUCUUGUCCACUGAACAGCAUCCGUUGGGUGGAUGAGAAAGGAACUGUGCUGCUUGGUGAAGGUGAUGGGUUCAAGUUUGAUGGACAGACGGACUGUGUUUCUCUUCUGACGGUGAAGCAUCAGAGCAGCCACAACAACAGAAGAUACACCUGCCAGUUUAUUGAGAGAAACAUUGUGAAGAUAGAUGCUCACUACACACCUGUAGCUAGGAACCUUCUGAACACAGAAGUGACCAGCAACAACACCAUCAUCAUCGUCAGUGUUGUGGUCGGGAUGCUGGUGGUGCUGGUCGUCAUCACUGCUGUUCUCAUCAAAUGCAGGAGGCGAGCCAAAAUGACGGAGGAUGCUCAAAAACCAACCCAAGCCCAAGAUGAACCAGGAGGUAAUCUGACCUACGUCACUAUCAACCACACUAAUUACAAUCCGAAGAAAAAGGUCAAAGUGAAGGAGGAAGCAGUGACUUAUUCUACAAUCAAGACCACAGUGAAGAUGGAGGCCAACAUUGAUCCCAGCAGCUUCUACAGCUCUGUCAGAUGAGUUUAUCACAAUGAAUGACUGGAAAUGAGACUUCUCUUAGUGUCAGCUGUGUCUGUCUUCUGUUGGCUUUGCUUUACGCUCUGGAAACGAUAAAAUCUGCAAAGUAGAACUGGCUGCGUUUAUGGUUUUUAUCACAUUGGAUUAUAAAUUAUGUCACAUUGCUAAAGACUGUAGCUCUCAGUUUUUACUAUGAUAGAAGCUUUUUUUGCACUUUUUUGGUAAUAUAUUGUAUAUUGUAAAGGCUGGAUUUAAUCCUGUGCUGUUAUUUGUAGGACUGUGAACUGAACUUUUUCUUCUUCUUGUGCUUUUGUGUCAUAUUUACUGCUGUUAUGAUCUGCUAUAAAUGUCUUCAGAUGUUAUUGUUAUGGAAUGUUUCGCUCCUCAGGGACAAAAUAAGUGACUCACUUGAAAAUUGUUAUUAAAAUUCCGACUUGAACCUGUGAAUAUUUCAACUUUACAUUGACAUUUAAAUAAACAUUGAAUCAAAUUAAAAUUAUUACAGUAGGUGUGUUUAUAGCA